UUUCUGAAUCCGGAUCACGUGACUCAUGAUGCUUCUGCAAGGAUGUAGCUUUCAGCUGGACAAAUUUUAAAGAAAUGAAUUUCAAUAGGCUAAGUGUUUCUGGGUUGUGGCAGGAUGUCUGAACAUGGAGAGGGGAGCUCAUCUGCUGCUUUCAGAACAUCAUUUGCUGUGGGUAGAGGACUGCCAACCCGAAUAUCACUGAAUCCCCCUCCGCCAGGCAGACUGACCUCUUUGCGCUCCAGAGAUCUGACCCUGGGUGGAUAUAAAAAGAAAACCUUUGUACCAAAUGUUCACUCUGUUCGCAAAACUAAAGAUGAGUUACAUGAGGAGACUCACACUGCACCAAAGAGAGAGAGAAGAGAGAGGGAAGACAGACAAAGAGAGAGACGGCGACGAGAAAAACCUCAGACUAUUCAGUCUCAUUCCAUCUUUGAGCAGGGUCCUGCAGACACCUACAGGAAACCAGGUAAUUGGUGCAGCUCCAACCUAGAUGCCUGUGAUCCUGCACUGGUCACAAAAUGCAUUAAAAAGGAAAAGAACAAUACUGAGGAUGAUGACAAUGAAAUUUUACAAAAACUCCAACGAGAUGAUUUUUUGGAUGAUCCUGGAUUAAAAAAUGAUCCCAAGCAAAGACCAAUCAGACUUCCACUCUAUCAGUCAUGCUCAUUUUUGUCAACAGAGGCAGCUAGUUCAUUUAAAGAGAGAGCAUCUGAUAAUGUACUGAAAUACCCGCUGCCAUUGAAGGGAACAUCUACAUUCCCGCAACAACCAACAGUUGGAGAACUUUUCCAGCAGUUAAGUGUUUCAGAUCAGGAAGAACUACUGCUUAUUCAACUUCCUGAUACCUUACCUGGUCAACCUAAAACCUCGAGCCCAGAGAAAACAAAAAAGGACGACAAAACUAAAGACAAGCGCUCAUCACAAAUUAAAACUACGGAUCAGCCUGAUAAAGUACCUUUGCUGUCGGACUUCUCAGAGGGUCUGAUUGGAAAACUGCAAAUUAGAAAGUCUGGUAAAGUCCAACUGGCCAUGGGAAAUGUUACAUUAGAUGUCUCGGAGGGAGCGGCCUUCUCUUUCCUACAGCAACUUGUUUGUGUGCGGCUGUCGGAGGGCCUCACCGGGGACAUGACUGUGCUAGGAAACGUCACACACAAGCUGGUGUGUUCACCUGAUUUUGAGACUUUACUGCAAGAAGCCAAAUUGACAUCUAAUCUCUGCUCGGCUUCAAAGUCCUGAUUUGUCAAACUCCACAAGAAUAUUUAAAAUAAUGUAAAUAGCUGUUUUUAAAUGUAACAUUUUUAAAUGAGGUUUUGUGUCCUGGUUUUGUUAAGCCUAAUUGUGAGGGCACUUGAUUUUUAUUUAAAAGGGAUAGUUCACCUAAACUUUUGUCACAUGUUUCAUGUCAUUAAACAGAUUUUGGGGAAAUGGAAUGGAAAAAGGCAGCUUAUACAUUCCUUAAAAUAUCAUAAUUUGUUUUAAGGCGUGUUCACACCAAUAACUAAUGAUAAAGAUAUAUAGAAAACUCUACCAUUUAAAGUGGCAGAUGACAAAAAAGUAUGUUUGUAAUAAACAGAACUUAGUAAUUCGUUGUUUUAGACGCUUAUUAAGUUUUAGUUCUUGGUGUGAACGGGGCUUUGGACAGAAUAAAAGUGAUACAGGUUGAGAAUGUGACGUCAAGUAAAUGAUUGUUAUCACUUUGGGGUGAACUAUUCCAUUUAACAUUAGAAAGCACACAUGAACUUUUAAAAGCUUUCAUGAACUUGUAUAGCAUUCUAUUGUAAAUACCUUCUGUUGCUUUUAUAUAAAAUGUGAAUGUUUAUUUUGUAGAUAAAGA